GAAUGCUCAGGCUCCGUGCUAGAAAAAGCUCGCUCAUCGGAACCACUAGAGCAGCCGUAGAAUAAAGGUUAACUUUUGCCUUUAAUCUGUACAUCUUUCAGUUGCGAUCUUCGCGAAAUGUUCGCAGAGCGGAUUAUUUUCCGGGAAAAGCCUGGCUGAACAGCAAGAACAGGAACCCCGCAUUACGUCAUCAGUCAUCCAUGCUGGAGAGCUCCAUCAAAGUGGAUGCGGCCGCCAGCCAGCGGAAAGGAGUCGUGAUAGGAUGAGAGAGACCCAGAGGGGUGUGGAGCCAAGAAGCAGCACCAGCCAGAGAAACAAGCACGCGCUGUUGCGGCCAGCCCAGCCGCCCAUGCCAAGAGCCCAGCGCAGCCCCAGCACUGAAGAGCGUGGGGGCUGCAGGGGAGAGAAAUCCACCCCCCCCCGCUCGGAAUCUGAGCCCCAUCGGGCACGUCGGACUAGCCCGCUCUUCCCGGACAGAGCAAGGCCAGAGGCGUGGAUGGGAAGAAGGCACCCUUCUUCGGAUGAGGUGAUGCUAUUAUGGCCGCGCAGCCGGAGCCAAGCAGCGGCGGCGGCGGGCAUCGCCAAAGCAGCGGCAGCCUGACGGGAGGCGGCGGUGGGCAGGACGAGGCGGUAGAAGCGGCGGAAGAAGAGCCGGCGAGGGCGGCCCCCGCAGCGGCGGCCGCGGCGGAGUCGCCCCUCAGCUACGAGGAGUACGAGUGCCGGAUCUGCUACAACCUCUUCGACCUGGAGCGCCACGCGCCCAAGCUGCUCGAGUGCCUGCACACCUUCUGCCUGGAGUGCCUCAGCCAGUUGCACCUGCGCGCCGCCCACUCGCCGCACAGCCAGGGCAGCGGCAGGCCGGCGAGUGGCGCAGCAGAGCCGGUAGCCGGCAUCACGUGCCCGCUGUGCAGGCACUGCACGGUUCUGCUGGGUGGCAGCGCGCAGAGCCUGCCCAUCAACACCAAGCGCGUGGAAGCCAUUCUCUUGCAGCUGCGCGGCUGGGCGCCGCUCCUUCAGGACCGUCUGCCGCCCCCGCCGCCGCCUCUGGUCCUGCAAGCGCCAAGGCCUUCACGCCAGCGCCCCUCGCCUGAGCACAGCGGCGUGGGGGCGAUGCCUUCGGCUGCGGCCACCGGCACGGCCAGGAGCGUGGAAGGCGGGACUUCCUCUCAAGAGUCCGGCGGCAGCGACGGCCUCUGCUGCAUGAGCUGGAGGAAGAAGGCGGGCUGUGUGUGCGUCUUCUUCUCCGUCCUUUCCAUGGUGCUGCUGGUCUUCGCGUGGAUGGAGUGGCUCACGGGGUCCAUCUUCCUCGGGGUCGCCCUCGCCAUUCUCUUCUCGUCCACGAUGCCUUUUAUGAUGUACCGCAUCAAAUUCAGGAGCCAGCCUGGAACAGUGUUCCUUAGACCAGUGGAAGGAAACGGCUCCAGAGGGGCCUCGCCCCGCCGCGUCGCUCUCCAAAACCGCCCGGCAGUCGACCGCAGGAGUCGCUCGUAGUCUAGGAUUUGGGUUGCACAUGUUUGUUUAGGGAAUGAAUGUGUUGGCAUGUGCUGAAGCAGGCAAGGGGUGUGUUCCCCAUCUUGUUUUGCAUUGGCGGGCAAGGAAAUGCAGUAAAACACAGAGCACAGAGCCAGGAACCCUUUUCACAUGUGUCACGGAUAAAUGCAAAACUGGAUGAUCUGGCCUUCCUGCUUGAUGGGAGAGGAGCCAUUUUUGUGGUGGAAAUGCUUGGAAGCUAAACCGAAUGGCCUUUGUGCCUACAUGCCAUUGAUAGAGAGACCAGUCUGGCCUUAAUGAAGAGAAAGAACGCAAAUAACCAAAACAAUACUUCUGCCUCCACUCAGAGGAACAUCUCAAGGACUAAUAACAUCAACUGAUAAUAACAUCAACUGAUUGUUUUGAAACUUGGGGGUAAAGGCAGGUGAAGUGAAAGUACUCCAUUUAGGUGAAGUGCUCCUUAUAGAGAGACUUUAAUCAUGAGCUCACUGGGUAAGCUGCCAGGCGGCCUAGGGCUGAUUGAAUAAAUGGGCUCUUAAAGAUACAAGAAGCAGAGUGAAGUAGUCACCUGCUCCAAGAUAGAGACAGUUUCUUAUGGGACUACAAACAGCAGCUUUGAAGUGUAUUUUUUCUUUCUUUUUGGGAAUGCUUUUUUAAAUGCCUGGUAGAGCUAAGGAAUUAUCUUUUGUAUGUAAGCUAGAGUUAGCCUUAUGGGGACAAAAUACUGUUUCAAGUGUCUUUUCAGAUAAGAGAGAAAGAGCUAUUUAAGCCUUGUUUGUUUAUUAUUAAGCAUUACUUAUGCUCAGAGAAUUUUUAUUUUAUUUUAUUUAGUACAUUUAUAUGUACUAAAUUUAUAUGUACAUUUAUAUAUACCCUGCUAACUUGGCAAAGAGGUACCUUUUAACAUGGUGAUUCUCUUUAUUUAGCAGGGGGAGAGUAACUGGCCAUAUCCACCCCCAGCACAAUACUUCCAGUGACUGUUGCUGGUGUUUAUCUUAUGUUUCUUUUUAGAUUGUGAGCCCUUUGGGGACAGGGUUCCAUCUUAUUUAUUUGUUAUUUCUCAGUUUAAACCGCGCUGAGCCAUUUUUGGAAGGAUGGUAUAGAAAUCAAAUCAAAUACAUACAUACAUAUAUAUGUACCAUACAAAAAGGUUCCUGGGCGAUUCACAAUAUAAAACCAUUAAAACAUUUAUAUCUGUUUUAACUUAUGCAUAUUUAAUGCAAGCCUUUUUCGUGAUGACAAGUUAUUCUUUUGAUAGGAACAUAGGAAGUAGCCAUAUACUGAGUCAGACCAUUGGUCUAUCUAGCUCAGUAUUGUCUUCACAGACUGUCAGUGGCUUCUCCAAGGUUGCAGGCAGGAAUUGUUGGAGAUGAACUUCCAGUGCAUCGACCUUUUGCACCAACUGUGGCAAGUAGUUGCCAACACAAAAAUUGUGAUUUCUCAUGGCACAGAAAAUUGGGCCACCGAAGCCUAAACUUUGAAACUGACUCCCAAAUGAGGGAACUAACCGAGAAAUCAGUGCCAGAUUCAGAAGGGGCUGGACAACCAGGACCCAAACUGAGGCACUCACAGAGGCAUAACAAAGGGGUUCCACCUAACAGACUCUCACUCAUGGCUAAAGGAGGAGGGAUGGAAGAACCCACUACAUGGCAAGAUAUAGAAAGGUUGCCAGCUGAUGAAGCUGAGAAGUGGAGAAAAGCAGCAACAGAGGAAAUUGAUUCCUUGCACAAAAAUGAGACUUGGAGACUUGUGGAACUACCCGCUGGAAGAAAGACUGUGGGAUGCAAAUGGGUCUUCAAAGUCAAGCAGGAUGCAGAAGGGGAUGUACAGCGCUACAAAGCCAGACUAGUAGCCAAAGGAUACUCCCAAAUCUAUGGUCAGGACUAUGAUGAGACUUUUGCACCAGUCGUGAAACACACAUCAAUUAGAACAUUGCUCAGCAUGGCAGCAGCCAAAGGGAUGCAAGUUGAACACUUGGAUAUAAAGACUGCCUUCCUACAUGGGGAAAUCGAGGAAGACAUCUACAUGCAACAACCACCAGGCUUUGAGGAACCUGGAAAGAAGGGGCUAGUGUGCAAACUGCAAAAGAGCAUCUAUGGCUUAAAGCAGGCAGCCAGAGCAUGGAAUGAGAAACUGAAUCAAUUACUACUUAAGGAGGGGUUCACGCAAGGAAAAGCUGACCCCUGCCUAUAUUCUAGACUCAGAGACAAUAGGUGGACUUACAUUCUGACUUACGUUGAUGAUUUGAUUCUUGCACACGAGGAAAGGCAAGACAGUCAUGAAAUUGUUCAACACCUGAACAAGGAAAUAGAGGUGAAGGAACUCGGAAGCAUCUCAUAUUACCUUGGCAUCCAAAUAGAAAGAGAAGAGAAUGGAACGUUCCUUCUCAACCAAAAACAGAAGAUAAAAGAUCUUCUAGAAUGCCUGGGAUUGACAUAUGCCAAUGAAGUCAGCACGCCAAUGGAUGCUGAUUUCUAGAAGCAAGAUGAGGACAGCCAGCCUCUACCAGCCAACAAUCAAUACAGAAAGGCAAUUGGAAAACUUUUGUACAUAACCACAGUGACAAGGCCAGACAUUGCCUCAGCAGUAGAAAUCCUGAGCAGAAAAGUGAGUGUGCCAACGAACAAGGACUGGAUAGCGGUCAAAAGACUGGGAAGGUACCUGAAAAGCACUGCACAUUAUGUAUUGGAGAUUCCAGCAAACAGCAAUCCCAAACUCGUGGGAUAUGUGGAUGCAGACUGGGGCGAGGACAGAACAGACCGCAAGUCCACAAGUGGACACCUGUUCCUGUAUGGAGGUGGAGCCAUAACUUGGAGUAGCCGCAAGCAGUCACUCGUUGGGCAAUUAUCCACAGAAGCAGAGUACGUUUCAGCAAGUGAAGCAUGCAGGGAAGCAGUAUGGAUACACCAACUACUAUUGGACUUUGGCAUCGAGGAACCAAAGCCCACAGUGAUGUUUGAGGACAACCAAAGUUGUAUCCAGAUUUCCCAAAUGGAGAAGAUGAAGUCUCGAACUAAGCAUAUUCUCAUAAAGUACCACUAUGUUUGGGACUUACAAGAAAAAGAGGUGGUCCAGCUGAGGUACUGCCCCACAGAAGAGAUGCUGGCAGAUGGAUUAACCAAGCCAUUAUCCAAAGACAGAUUCUAGAUGCUUUGUGAGAAGAUGGGAGUCAUGACCACAUGUGACAGGCGAUGAGAAGGGGUGUUGGAGAUGAACUUCCAGUGCAUCGACCUUUUGCACCAACUGUCCUAAUGACCACUAGGGGCAUUGGGAGUAGAGACAGUGAGUCAGGGUCAUCCUAUCUGUCCCUACUCUAUGACCCCUGAACUGACUCUGCAGCACUUCCUGUGCUGAGUCACAAUCCUUCCUUUCCUCCUAGAGAGCAGAUGGAAACAUUUCUCUCUCUCCUUACCUAUCCACUAUGUAGUCCUUUAGAUUAGAGAUAGGUCUUUCCUAUCUAAGUUUAUUUAACCAAUAAAUAUUUAGU